CACACCUCGCACGCGUACUCAACUUGGAACGAUGGUUCCUUAAACUGAGCUAAAUUAACAUCCUUUCUCGGAGGUCAAUCUGAUUGGAGCGGUAAACUUGUCUUCUCUUGUGCAACAUCUUCACCUUCAGGUUGAAGAUGGAAAGGAGUGGAGAGAUGCCGCCGCCGGCGGCAGCGGGGAAGAAGCCGAAGCAGCUUCGGAGGAGGUGGAGGCCCGACGAGCACACGCGAUUCCUCGAGGCGCUGCACAUGUUCGGUCGCGACUGGACGAGGAUCGAGGAGCAUGUCGGCACCAGGACCCCCAAACAGCUCCGCAGCCAUGCUCAGAAGUACUUCGAGAAUGCCCGAAAGCUGGGUGUCACCGGGCUGCCGCCCCCGAGGCCGAUGCGCAGGCGCAAGCACGCCGUGGCCGUGACGCAGCAGCCACAGAGCUCGGCCGCCCGACAGCCACCGCCGCUGCUGGGCAUGCAGAGCUCCGACUGGGCGAGCAUUUCAGGCACUUCAGCUUCAGGGUGGUUCAACCAUGGAGGUGUAGAAAGUCAGACUGAACAAGUUGCUGUAACAUAUCCAGACGACAAUUCCUUCAUGGGGACAGCAAGCUUCUUCAGCGCUAUGACCAUGGACAUGAACUGGAAUGGCACUGGCAGCACAAGUGAAGUGCCGCCCUCGUCUCUGCCGGACUUGACGACCGUGCUAAGUGGCAAUGAGGUUGAGCUGGAGCCUUGGGACAUCAUCAUGCAGGAGAUCAGGGAUAUGGGACUGGAGCUGGACUUUGAUUUGUCGAUUUCCCCAUCUAAUAUCAUCGACGCAGCUGGGGAAAGCGAAUAUGGUGCUCCUCCGCCGCCGCAUCAUGGCGUUCCUGCUGUCUCUGAUCAACCUGAAACAUCGCCGAACACAGAAGGAGGGUGCUCUUGUGACGCCAAAGUUGAUGGCUAGGGUAGUGUACUAUGAUUUGGUCUGCAUUUAUUCAGAUCGUAGUAGCUUUUUUUUUACAGUACCGAUGUGACAAAAACUUGCCUUCA